GUGGUGACAAUGCCAGAGUACCUGAGGAAGCGUUUUGGUGGGAAACGGAUCCAGGUGUACCUGUCAGUGCUGUCCCUCAUCAUUUAUGUCUUCACAAAGAUCUCAGCUGACAUCUUCUCUGGAGCUGUGUUUAUCCAGCUGGCCAUAGGGCUGAAUCUUUAUGUGGCCAUAAUUAUCCUGCUUUCUAUUACUGCUCUUUACACCAUCACAGGUGGCCUUGCAGCUGUGAUUUACACAGACACCCUGCAAACAUUCAUCAUGGUGUUGGGAUCCUUUAUUCUCAUGGGAUUUGCAUUUGCUGAGGUGGGAGGCUACGAGGCCUUCAUGCAGAAGUACAUGGCAGCCAUUCCCUCCAACGUGUCCUACGGGGGCACCCAGGUGGACCCUGCCUGCUACACGCCCCGCAGGGACGCCUUCCACAUCUUCAGGGACGCCAGCAGCGGGGACCUGCCCUGGCCAGGGCUGGUGUUUGGCCUCAGCAUCCUCGCCAUGUGGUACUGGUGCACUGACCAGGUUAUUGUGCAAAGAUGUCUCUCUGGCAAGAACAUGUCCCAUGUGAAGGCUGGCUGCAUUGUGUGUGGGUACCUCAAACUCUUGCCCAUGUUCAUCAUUGUGAUGCCUGGCAUGAUCAGCAGGAUUUUGUACACAGAUGUGGUGGCUUGUGUUGUGCCUGAAGUCUGUCAGCGCUACUGUGGCACCUCAGUGGGCUGUACAAACAUUGCUUACCCAAAACUGGUCGUGGAGCUUAUGCCAAAUGGUCUGCGGGGUCUGAUGCUGUCAGUCAUGCUGGCCUCCCUCAUGAGCUCCCUGACAUCCAUUUUUAACAGCGCCAGUACUUUGUUCACCAUGGACAUUUACACCAAAAUUCGGACGCGGCCAUCGGAGAAGGAGCUGAUGCUGGCGGGCAGGGCAUUUAUGUUAGUCUUAAUUGGCAUCAGCAUUGCCUGGGUUCCUGUGGUGCAGUCAGCCCAGAGUGGGCAGCUCUUUGAUUAUAUUCAGUCUGUAACCAGCUACCUGGGACCUCCCAUUGCUGCUGUUUUCCUGCUUGGUAUCUUCUGCAAGCGUGUCAAUGAGCAGGGUGCCUUCUGGGGCCUGAUCAUUGGGCUACUGGCUGGACUCAGCAGGAUGAUUGCAGAGUUUGCCUAUGGAACUGGCAGCUGUGUGGCCCCUUCCAACUGCCCCUUCAUCAUCUGUGGCAUUCACUACCUGUACUUUGCACUGAUCCUCUUUGGGGUCUCUGCCAUCGUCAUCCUGGCAGUGUCCUUCAUGACCAAGCCCAUUCCUGAUGUACAUCUUCACCGCUUGUGCUGGGCCUUGAGGCACAGCAAAGAAGAACGGAUUGAUCUUGAUGCAGAUGAGGAGCAGGACAGAGCUGAUGAAAAAGAUGAUGAAUCAGUGUUAUUCCUUGCAGUUAAUGAGGAAAACCAGGAGGAGCCAGGAUGCUGCAGGAAAGCUUACAACUGGUUCUGUGGCUUGGACCAACAGAAGGGCCCCAAACUGAGCAAGGAGGAGGAGGAGGCCCUGAAGAGGAAACUGACGGACACCAGUGAGGUGCCUCUGUGGAGGAACAUUGUGAACAUCAAUGGCAUCAUCCUCCUGACUGUGGCUGUGUUCUGCCAUGCCUACUUCGCAUAACCCCGAUCACAGUCCUGAAAUUGGACUGCACUGUUCAAGCAAAGUGAUGGUUUGUAGAUUUACACAAUUAGAUACACAUUGUAUUUUCAUCAUCCACUUUUGUAAAACAUCAGAGUGAUUUACUCACUGAUUUUGUGAUCAUAAUUUCAACAAUUUAAAG